UCAAAAAAAAAAUCAUUUAUAUAGAUGCAGAAAAAGACCCUAUAGAAUGUAACAUACCCAUUUUUUUUUAAAGGAUAUAGCUCACUAGUAGCAUGUCACUUUAACAUACACAAGACCCUGGGUUCAAUCCCCAGCAACACUUCAAAAAGAAGGGAGGUGGGCAACUUUGAAAACCAGGAAUAGAAAUGAAUGACUAAUAAAUUAUCAGCAAAAAUCCUACAGUAGUAAACCUCCCAAUAAACACUGAAAUCUUUAUGAGUGAAACAAAGAUGUCCACUAUCAAAUCUCCAUUUAUCAUUUCCCAGUCAGUGUGAUAGACCAAGGAAAUAAAACAAUUGGAAAAGAAAAGGAAAAAUCUCAGUGUGUGCUGAGAGUGAUUGUGUGCAUAAAUACUCCAAAAGUGUCUACAAACUCUUAGAAUUAAGUGAAUUUAGCAUGGUCACAGAAUACCAAACAAAAUCAGUUACAUUCCUCUACAUAUAAAACAAUAAAUAGAAAAUGAAGCUUCAAAAACAAUGUAUAAUAGCCUAAGUCAAGUAGCUAGAAAUAGGUGCAGCAGAAGGUGUACAGAACCUCUACAUUGAAAAACCACAUUCAGGAGAGAGACAUAAAUGAAGGUAUGUAUCAUCUCCAUGGAUAGGAAAGGACUAUAGGAUGCCAGGUUUUUUUUCAAAUUCAUCUCCUGGUUAAACUCAAUUCUAAGUAAAAUCCCAGCAGUUUAAUUUUUGUGAAAAUUGACAGGCGGAUUCUGAAAUUCUGCCAUAACACCAAAGCAACCUUAAAAUUUUAAAAUAUUGUAGGCUUUCCAUUCCCAGAUACCUUCCUUUAAAUUUUCAACCUUUUUGUAGACAAAACUCUUAAAAAUAACAUUUUGUUGUUAUGAUCCUUUAUGAAAGUUUGUCUUGGUAUGGAAUAUUAUACCAUUUGUAGUCUUUAUUUUAUGUGGGGUUUUUUUUUCCUGGUACCAGGGAUUGAACUCGGGACCUUGCACUUGUGAGGCAGGCACGGUGCCACUGAGCUAAAUCCCCAGCCCUGUAGUCUUUAUUAUUAAAACCUAUCAUUUUCAUAGUGUUUUUUUAAUACCGCCUCACCAUCACUUGAGUAAAGUGAUAGAAAUAUAACUUUUGAUUAUGCAGGAAUGGCAGAGUAGUUAUAUAUUCUCUGGUCUGACACUAUAUCCUAGCUUUUAGUUCUACAGGUGGUCUCAUAUUUAAGAUUCUUAGAGGGAAUGUAAUAUUUUUAGUUGCCUUUUUGACCACCACGAAGAUGCUUUAUUUCAGAAUUUUGAGUAGUUCAGCUAGAUAAGCUGGGGAACUGAGCUUGGAUUUGCCGGCCUGAAUGUCCUAAACGUUGGCCCUGGAUGAAGAGGGCCUAGGCAGGCUUGGAUGCCAGGGUAAGAGUACUGUGGUUAGGUCUCCUGCCAGCGGCUGCUUUGUUUUAAUUUAGACUUCUAGACCUUUCCUGGGCACAGUUCCCAGAAAGUCCCUCUGCUGCCGCUGCCCUGAUUAGAUUUCUGCAUCUGUUAAUAAUAGGCAGCUGAGGGGGGAGGGCCAGGAUCUUUGCAGAAAUAGGAAUUACCAAACCCGAUGGCCAGUUCCUGUGCCUAGGGCCUUGUCUGCUUUCUCUGGAUCUAAUGAGAGUCUUUUAGAAGGUUAUGCAUUCUGAGCACCCUGAAGCCAUACUAACCUUGUUAGUCUCUGAGUCCUCACCCCCAAAACCCUAACACUCAGUCUGAAGAGUAGUGGCGUGUUAAUGAGAAUGCUGAAACAAACUAUAAGUGUUUGAGAUCUGCACUCCUGGAAGGUCCAGGGUGAGUGCUAACACCUGUGACAGAUCACCCCCAGAGGAAAGGUUUGGCAGCAUUGAGCUUAUAGGGACUCAAGGGGAGGCAGAUGUAUAUAGUCUUGGAGUUAAAAGAGGAAUGGGGUGAAAGGGAGAAUGUGAGGAUGAAGCUCAGAAAAAAGGAGAUGCUGCUGUCGGGCAGGUAGAAAUGGGACAGCUAGGCAAGCACAGGAGGCAAGACUGCUACUAAUCAAAUCUGAAAUCAGCGUUCACAUUUUGAUGCUCCUCCUACUCUUCCUUUUCCCAGUGAAUGUCCUCCCUUUUAAUGAUUCCCCUCCCUUCGUACUCUUCUUCCCUUAUCCAAACCUGCUCUCAGUAGCUGGGCAUGAUGGCACACACCUAUAAUCCCAGCACUUGUGAGGCUAAGGCAGGACAAUCACUGGGAGUUUGAGACUAGCCUGGGCUAUGUAGUUCAAGGCCAGUCUGAACUAUAUGAGACCCUGUUUUAAAACAAAACAACAACAAAACUUGGUCUCAGUAAAAGAGUUUGCUUAUUCUAACCUAGGUAAAAAUUAUUUAAAACUAUUAAUGCCAGGCAUGGUGGUGCCUGUAAUCCCAGCAUUCAGAAGGCUGAGGCUGGAGGACUGCAGCAGGUUGGAGGCCAGCCUGGGCUGUAGUGAGUUCAAGGGAAACCUGUGGUAUAAAAAAGUCUUCAAAAAUUUCUAGUUGCCUGGGCUGGGGAUUUAGCUCGGUGGUCCUGCCACCUGUGCCUCAAAAGCACAAGAUCCCGAGUUUGAUCCCUGGUACCAAAAACAAAAAAAACCCUAGUUGCAAAAGUUUUAAAUCCUUUCAUUGUAAAAUAUAGCAUCAUGCUCGCUUCAGCAGCACAUAUAUUAAAAUUGUAAAAUAUAGCAUAGAUAUAGAAAACUACAGAUAGAAAUAUAUAGCUUAGUAAAUUAUUACAAAGUGAGACUCCUGUUAGCACUCAGAACUAGAAACAGAACUUGGCCAGCUAUUCCAAAAGCCAGGUAUAUGUACCCCCAUCCUAUCACAAUUUUUCUUUUCUUUUCUUUUCUUUUUUUUUCAGUUUGACACGGUCUCACUGUGUACUCCAGGCUGGCCUUGAACUCACUAUAUAGUCCAGGCUGGCCUCGAAUUUACAGUAAUCCUCCUGCCUCAGCCUCCCAAGUGCUAGGACUACAGGCAUGAGCCAUCAUGCCCAGCUAAUUCUUCCUUAUUUUAUGGUCAUCAUCUAGUAAGAUUCUAUUUAAGGGACCUAAAAAUUUAGCUAUAAAUAGCCACUAAUGGUAGAAUUUUAGGCAGUUGAGGAAUAUUUGGGGGGACCACGAGAGCCAGCCAGAUCUUAGCACACUUAAAAUCACAUUUCACACAGCUGGUCCCCUCUGUGCCUGUGAUUAAAAUAUACCUUACUGCUGGGGAUUUAGCUCAGUGGCGCCUCGCCUGCCCCCAAAGUGCAAGGUCCUGAGUUUGAUGCCGGGUACGGAGGAAAAAAACAAAAACAAAAUGCAAAUUAAAAUAUACCUUAUUGAAAAAGGAUUCCACAGAAGUUACAGGGCUGUGCCUUGUGCCUCAACUGCCUGUCAUUCACUGGUCCAGAAAAUGCCACUCCCCAUAGUCCUCCCAAAGCAAAGCAAAAGCAGAUCCAGGUCACAGAGCUGUUGGUGUUCAAGGGGCUGGUUGUCUCUGCUGUGGACACAUGCAAGUCUAGGUCAUCAUAUAAAAUUCCCUGCACCUCGGUUUUCCAUUGUGAAGGAUGGAGUCAUAAUACAGUAAACCCUUUAUAAUCCCCUAUUCUGCUCCUAACAUGGCCUUCUUUCCUCAAUCUUGGUUUCCAUUCCCUCUGCCUAAUCUUUCACCCUUGUGAGGAGCUCACUGUCGCCCUUUCCUAAUGAGCAUCUUGCCAGUCUGUACUUCCUCCACUCUGAAUUCUUACACACCAUGACCCUACUUCAUCUCUAGUCAUGCCCCUGUAAACACAGAUGUAUGUCCCAGCCCUGAGCAAAUGCUUGUAGAAGGAAUGAAUGAAUGAAUGUAAAGGAAGAAAAAUGAAUUGUUUCACAUUCAUGUGUGCAUUUUUCAAUAUUUAGCAAGUCUCUUAAAUGUUCAUAGAUACUGACUCAACCCUUGACACUCAGUCAUUCCCCCCGUUUCUUUCUCCUCAUCUUCCUCCUUUCUCAUUCUACUUCUUUCUUCCUUUGCAUGCCACUGAGUGCCUUACAAGGCAGGAUGCAGAGACACAGGCAUGCUGGUGGAAACAGACACUGUGGAAAGCAGCCAGAUGAAAUGAGGGCAAAACCAGCAGUAGCACAUGCAGAGACCCGCUGGAAUGAAAAGCAGUGAUUCAAGGAGCACUGCAAUUCAGACACUCCUUGAGUUCCACUGUGAGAGCUGCUGCAGGAUUGGGUAAUAGCAGCAAACUGCAGUAGAAGAGGGGAGGAAGCAAGCAAGUGCAAAGGAGAAACCGAGCCAGGCUGGGCUUCCUCAGCCCACAGUGGAGAGCAUCACAGAGCUCAGGACACAGGACUGCUAUCCUGCCCACCACGGUGUCUCUGGCACCAGCUAGUGGAGCAGUGGAUGAUGGCGUCCCUGUUACAAGACCGGCUGACCACUGAUCAGGACCUGCUGAUGAUGCAAGAAGGCAUACUGAUGCGCAAGGUGAGGUCCAAAAGCUGGAAGAAGCUAAGAUACUUCAGACUUCAGAAUGACGGCAUGACAGUCUGGCAUGCGCGGCAGGCCGGGGGCAGGGAGAAGCCCAGCUUCUCAAUCUCUGAUGUGGAGACAGUGCGGAAGGGCCAUGAUUCUGAGUUGCUGCGUGGUCUGGCAGAGGAUUUCCCACUGGAGCAGGGUUUCACUGUUGUCUUUCAUGGCCGUCGCUCCAACCUGGACCUGGUGGCCAACAGUGUUGAGGAGGCCCAAACCUGGAUGCAAGGACUCCAGCUGUUGGUUGAUCUUGUUACAAGCAUGGACCAACAGGAGCGGCUGGACCAAUGGCUGAGUGACUGGUUCCAGCGUGGAGACAAAAACCAGGAUGGUCGGAUGAGUUUUGAAGAAGUUCAGCGGCUGCUGCACCUAAUGAAUGUGGAGAUGGACCAAGAAUAUGCCUUCAGUCUCUUCCAGACAGCAGACAUCUCCCAGUCUGGGACUCUGGAAGGAGAAGAAUUUGUACAGUUCUAUAAGGCACUGACUAAACGUAAUGAGGUACAGGAACUGUUUGAGAACUUUUCAGCCGAUGGGCAGAAGUUGACCCUCCUGGAAUUUGUGGAUUUUCUUCAGGAAGAGCAGAAAGAAAAAGAUUAUGCUCCUGACCUUGCUCUGGAACUCAUCAACUGCCAUGAGCCUUCAGACAGUGGCAAACUUCGGCAUGUGCUGAGCAUGGAUGGUUUCCUCAGCUACCUCUGCUCAAAGGAUGGAGACAUCUUCAACCCGGCCUGCCUCCCCAUCUACCAGGAUAUGACUCAGCCUCUGAGUCACUACUUCAUUAACUCCUCUCACAACACCUACCUAGUGAGGGACCAGCUGUGUGGCCAAAGCAGCGUCGAGGGAUAUAUACGGUGCAGUGGGGUAGAAAAAAGGGCCCUGAAGCGGGGGUGCCGUUGUGUGGAGGUGGAUGUUUGGGAUGGACCUAGCGGGGAACCUGUCGUUUACCAUGGACACACUCUGACCUCCCGAAUCCUGUUCAAAGAUGUUGUGGCCACAGUAGCAGAGUAUGCCUUCCAGACAUCAGACUACCCACUCAUCCUGUCCCUGGAGAACCACUGCAGCUGGGAGCAGCAACAGACUCUGGCACAACACCUGACCGAGAUCCUGGGGGAGCAGCUGCUGAGUACCCCCUUGGAUGGGCUGCUGCCCACACAGCUGCCCUCGCCAGAGCAACUUCGAGGAAAGAUUCUGGUGAAGGGGAAGAAGUUAGAAACACUUGAGCAGGAUGUUGAGGAUGAGGAUGAAGAGGAGGAGCCAGAGUGUGACCUGGAGCAACAGCAGGGGUCAGAGCUGGAGCCUGAGCUGCAAGAGUCGUUCCUUCAGAGUAAGGACAAAAAGAAGGUUGUGAAGUGCCCGCCGUUUUGUCCGCCUAUCUGUUGUCAGAUUAUGACUCAGGGUCCUAUUCCCGAUCCUGGUGGGUUGCUUCUCUUGCCCAUGCAGAAACUCAAGCCCAUCUUGUGUCCAGCCCUCUCUGCCCUGGUUGUCUACCUGAAGUCUGUCCCAUUCCACAGCUUCUCUCACUCAAAAGAGAACUACCACUUCUAUGAGAUAUCAUCCUUCUCUGAAAGCAAGGCCAGGAACCUUAUCAAGGAGGCUGGCAAUGAGUUUGUGCAGCACAAUACUUGGCAGUUAAGCCGUGUGUAUCCUAGUGGUCUGAGGACAGAUUCAUCCAACUACAAUCCCCAGGAGCUCUGGAAUGCAGGCUGCCAGAUGGUGGCUAUGAAUAUGCAGACUGCAGGGCUUGAAAUGGACAUCUGUGAUGGGCUCUUCCGCCAGAAUGGUGUCUGUGGCUACGUGCUGAAGCCAGAUUUCCUGCGUGAUGUCCAGAGUUCCUUCCACCCCGAAAGGCCCAUCAGUCCUUAUAAGGCUCAGACCUUAUUAGUCCAGGUGAUCAGUGGCCAGCAACUGCCCAAGGUGAACAACACCAAAGAGAAGUCCAUUGUGGACCCACUGGUGAAAGUGGAGAUCUUCGGCAUCCAUGCAGACACAGCCCGGCAAGAGACCAACUAUGUGGAGAACAAUGGCUUUAAUCCAUACUGGGGACAGACACUGUCCUUCCGUGUCCUGGUGCCUGAACUCGCUACGCUGCGUUUUGUGGUAAAGGACUAUGACUGGAAAUCCCGAAAUGAGUUCAUUGGCCAGUUCACUCUGCCAUGGACCUGCAUGAAACAAGGUUACCGUCACAUACACCUGCUCUCCAGGGAUGGGAUCAGCCUCCAUCCAGCUUCCAUCUUUGUUUACAUCUCCAUCCGGGAAGAGCUGGAGAUUGAAUCCUGAGGCGUUUCUCCUUCCUGUUGCUGUGGGCUCAAUCCCAUAUUCAGACCCACCACUAACCUCUCCCAUCAACUCUGGUGUGAAGGCAGAUUGCAACUGGAAACCUAAAGAGGGGCUUGGAACACAGAAACCCACAGAACUAUUAUCCUUUCCACUCCUAACUUCCUCAAAGCCCAGAGCCAAGGGAAGGAUAAAUCAAGGAUCAAAGCUCCCCAAGCAAAGGUUGGGUUAGGAGACCUGACCCAAGACCGUACUGACUCUUCAGAGAAUACUCCACAGCCCUCAAGAGUCUCCACUGGACUGCUCCUCCUUAUCUCUCUGGUGUAAAUAGAGCUUCUCUCCAA